UUCCCCAUUACUCUGUCUCUCUCCCUCUCGCUCACAGUGCUCCCCUCCCCCUGGAUGCCUCCCUCCUGCUCUUGAUGUCAUACACUGUACAAUAAGGGGAGCUGGUGAUGGCGGCUGAAGGCAGGCAGAGGUGCUGGGGGAAGGCCACUUAGUGUUCCUGAUGGAGAGUGGUGGCUUCUCUCCAGGGGACCAGGCGCACUUGGUGCUCUUCCUGCACAGGCUCAAGCAGGUGUUUGAUGUGUGCGAUGAGGAUGCGGAUGGAUUUAUCAAGGUGGAGCAUUUCAUAGCUGUGGGCUUACAGUUUGCUCAAGGAGAUGAGGUGGAGAAACUUGCUAAACGUUUGGACCCAAAUGCCCAGGGACGAAUCGGCUUUAAGGAUUUUUGCCAUGGAGUACUGGCAAUAAAAGGCUGCGACGAGAUUGUGAAAGGUAUCCUUGGGGUUACAAGCACUGCACCCCUACAUUAUGAGACGCCGUAUACACCAUACUAUUACCAGAGCCCUGAGAUCAUAGAGGGGGCUUUCCUGGACACAGAGAGUACAUACAGCGACUCUGAGUUCUUUGCAUAUGAGGAUGGUCUCACCUUAGCUCAGAGAGAUGCCCAACAUGAAUCGGAUUUGGACAGCGCCAUCUACAGUGUGCCAAGCUCAGAGGCAUCUGACGAGUGCAGGAAUGAAGAUAAAGCAGGAGGCCUUGGUAGCCUCUAUCUUCCUGGGGACCAUUUCCCCUUUCUCUUCCCUAGGAAUCUUCUUAACCCCUCAGCAGGCUCAGAUUUCUCAACUCAUUCCACUGCCUCCUUAAUCAGCAACGAGGAGCAGUUUGAAGAUUAUGGAGAAGGAGAUGAUGUUGACUACAGUCCUGGCAGCCCAUGUGCUGAUGAUGAGAGUAGAACCAAUGCGCUCUCUGACCUGGGCUCCUCUGUUCCUUCUAGUGCUGGACAAACACCCAGGAAAACUAGACACACGUACAACAGUGAAUUACUGGACAUCUACUGCACUCAGUGCAGCAAAAAGAUCACUCUGUUGAAUGAUCUGGAGGCUCGUCUGAAGAACCUGAAAGCCAACAGCCCCAACAGGAAGAUUUCAAGCACAGCAUUUGGGAGGCAACUAUUUCACAACAGCAACUUAAGCAGCAGCAAUGGCAGCACGGAAGAUCUGUUCAGGGACAGUAUUGACUCAUGUGAAAAUGACAUUACUGAGAAGGUGAGUUUCCUAGAGAAGAAGGUGACGGAACUGGAAAAUGAUAACUUGACUAAUGGGGAUGUGAAGAACAAACUGAAGCAGGAGAACAUACAUCUGGUACAUCGGGUCCAUGAACUGGAAGAGCUUCUAAAAGAUCAGGAGACAAAGUCUGAGCAGGUGUUGGAUGAGGAAAGCAAACGCCAUAGAGAGACCUACAGUAAGCUGGAGAAGGAGAGACGCACUGAGAUCGAACUGCUGAGUGCCAGGGUUCAAGAGCUGGAAGAAGAAAAUGAAGAAUUACUGACUUCAUUAGCCAGGCUAAAGUCACAUACAGUGAAAAUAGAUGAGGACCGGCAGAGAAUGUCAGACAAACUGGAAGACACCAGCCUGCGGCUGAAGGAUGAGAUGGAUUUAUAUAAGAAAAUGAUGGACAAGCUGAGGCAGAACCGCCUUCAUUUCCAAAAGGAGAGAGAAGCCACGCAGGAUCUCAUAGAAGACUUGAGACGGGAACUGGAACACUUGCAGAUCUACAAACUAGAAUGUGAAAAGUCUGGCCGUGGUCGGGGCUCUUCUUCUGGGCUCUCUGAGUUUAAUGUGAAGACCAGGGAAGUGGAACUAGAGCAUGAAAUCAGGCGACUAAAGCAGGAUAAUCAGAAACUCCGGGACCAGAAUGAUGACCUGGGUGGACAAAUCCUCAGCCUUAGUCUGUAUGAAGCAAAACAUCUCUUUUCAACCCAGUCCAAAGCUCAGUCUCUGGCUGCAGAAAUAGACUCGGCUUCAAAGGAUGAGCUGAUGGAGGCCUUAAAGGAACAGGAAGACAUUAACUACCGUUUACGGCAGUACAUGGAUAAGAUCAUCUUGGCCAUCCUGGACCAUAACCCUUCCAUACUGGAAAUAAAGAACUAAGUGAUUCUGGGAGAAGAAAAUUCGGGAUCACUUGUACUUUAGCUCAUAUAAAUAGUUUUAUAUAUUUUUAAUCUUAGUGUCCCAGUGAAUGUCUGUGGCUUUGGCAGAUUAACUCUCCUGUGACCUGCAGCCCACACCAAUGUAUUUGUUCUGUUGCACUUUUGGAAGUCACUUUAGUCCAUGUUGCUGCUGUGCCCGGAAGAGAAGACUUUUAUCUAUUUGAUGCUUCUUCUUAUCCAGAUACAACGUAAACUGUUGGGCAGAGCAUCACAUGAUUUCUCCCCAUCAGGCCUGUUUGAAGAACACACCCUUGUUUUGCCAUGAGAGAUCCUUGGUAAUGGUUAACCGUGUGUAUGCCAACGGACUCCAAUCCAUCACAUUCUCCCCUGCACUCCCAGUUACAGGUUGCUGAAGAACUUCUUACAGAAUAUCUGAAUGGAGAAAUAAUGAAGGUACUGGAAGUUAAGAUAAUAACUGGAAUAAGUCACUGCAGAUAUAUUAAAAGGUUGUUGGCUUACAACCUUUAUAUCUUACUGACCUCAACAGGAGAGGAUCCAUGAAUACUUAUACUUGGGAAUGGAUACCAUCUACAAAGAGUGAGCACUGGAUUGAUGCCAAGCGAAUCCCCUAGAGGCCCCCAGCCUGUAGGAAUUGUGGGUAUAUAUUGAAAGAAUCUGUUGCACUUGAAGUCUCAAUACUGAAUGUAUUGUAUAUUGUCUGUCCCUGUCCCGCAUGGACAUUGCUGUGUUUGUGCCUUCACACUGAUGUGUCACAGCCUGAUUUGUACCUUUUCCAUGCAGAGUUUAGUAGCAUUUUCCACUCAAUGUAAAUGUGUAAAUAAAUAGAGAGAUUUGUAUUCUUGGUGCCACCAACUUACUGACUGCCCUAGCCCUGGUCCCUUUACAACUGGCUCUGAUGAAAUCUCAGUGUCGGUUGUUGUCAUUGUGAUUAAAUGUCCUGCGUUCCGAUGAGUGCGACGUCUGUUAUAGAGUUAGUGGCUCUUGGACCUCCUGCAGAUCUGGGCUCACACAGUGCUUGUUGGUUCCAUGAUGUUGCAUUCACUGAAAGCAAUAUGCAUCUGUCCCCAUUCUCUGAAUUUACAGAGGAACUUUUUCCAGAGCUGGGUGUAUUGCUGUGAUUAGAUAUAUAAUGGGAACUGGCUGCUGCAGAUAAAAUAUAUACACUAGGAUUUAAAUAUUAAUCAGAAGAACCAGAUGCAUAUGGCUGUAGUCAACCCAAACCUGUUUGCACCAAAGUCAUGUGGUUCUUUAUUAUAGGAUUAUCCAAAUGAAGCUAUACGUUGCAGGCACUCUGUCUGUGUGACAUGAUCACCUUAUAUAAUGCUAUGUAAGCUAUGGCUGGAUAUCCGACCUGCAAGUCUGCAGUUGAACAACCAGCUUUGAAAGGUAAUGAUCCCAUUUUGCACAUGUGCUGGGGAGCACUGAGUACUUUGUUCCAUUCUCAGGCACACAGGCAUGCUGCUCACUUGGCUAUUCCUGCAACACAUAUGCCUGAUUCUGGGGUCAAUCUGUUCAAAUGUCAUAACAAUCAGUCAGAUGUCAGUACACUUAUACACACAUGGAAAUGGCAUUGUACAAGCCUGACUGUAAGUGGGGUGAGCAAAGGUGCUGUUACUAAAAUGUGCUGCCCAAAGCAGUAUCAGCUUCUUUACACCCAAGCACAUGAGCAGUUGGUCGUCAUCAGCUAUUUGCCAUUGCCUCAGAGAUAUACCCCCACAUUGACCAGGCCUUUCACUUACACAGAAUAGUAUAAAUUCUACUAACAACAAGCUUACAAUUGGCUGCCUAUAACUGUGGCCAGGAGGCAGCUGUUCUAGUAUGUAUAUAUAUAAGAGAAUGCCUCAAAAUACCUAGAAGGGAUAGAAAGUAAUGUGGAUGGGAAGAUACUACCCAUGGGUUCUCAGACUGCUGUAAAAAAGCAGAACUUUCUGACCUACAGUUUGAGCUGCUGCCGAUCCAUGGCCACACACUAUCUAAGCACUGAAUACGCCUGGAACCCUAAGUACUGGUUACAUAAGGGAUUUCUGCACCAUGUCUUGUACUGGAAGCACAUACUAAAUAGCAAGGGGAGAAACCCAGUUAAUUGUAUGUUUUUGUUACUGUAAGUAAAUCCCUUUUCCUUGUUUUAAUGUGUGAUGUGUAAAUAAACAUGAAUUCUGUUGCACAAGUGACAGUGACUUUUGUACUAAAUAAAGGAAGGAGAUCAGUCUGA